CAGAGCGGGAGAGACCAUGUCCGGGCGGCCCAGGACCACCUCCUUCGCGGAGAGCUGUAAGCCGGUGCAGCAGCCCUCAGCCUUCGGCAGCAUGAAAGUCAGCCGAGACAAAGAUGGCAGCAAGGUUACUACAGUAGUAGCAACCCCUGGACAAGGUCCGGACCGACCACAAGAAGUCAGCUAUACAGACACCAAGGUGAUUGGAAAUGGAUCUUUUGGUGUUGUGUAUCAAGCCAAACUCUGUGAUUCAGGAGAGCUUGUGGCCAUUAAGAAAGUCCUGCAGGAUAAAAGAUUUAAGAACAGAGAGCUCCAGAUUAUGAGAAAGUUGGAUCAUUGUAACAUUGUCCGAUUGCGUUAUUUCUUCUACUCUAGUGGAGAGAAGAAAGAUGAGGUGUACCUCAACUUGGUGCUGGACUAUGUUCCUGAAACAGUAUACAGAGUUGCCAGACAUUAUAGUCGGGCCAAACAGACACUCCCUAUGAUUUAUGUCAAGUUGUACAUGUAUCAGCUGUUCCGGAGUUUAGCCUAUAUCCAUUCCUUUGGAAUCUGCCACCGGGAUAUAAAACCACAGAACCUCUUACUGGACCCUGAUACAGCUGUUCUAAAACUCUGCGACUUUGGAAGUGCAAAACAGCUGGUUCGUGGAGAACCCAAUGUGUCGUACAUCUGCUCUCGGUACUACAGGGCACCAGAGUUGAUCUUUGGAGCCACCGAUUAUACCUCCAGUAUAGAUGUGUGGUCAGCAGGCUGUGUAUUGGCUGAACUGUUACUAGGACAACCGAUCUUUCCAGGUGACAGUGGUGUGGAUCAGUUGGUGGAAAUAAUCAAGGUUCUGGGAACGCCUACAAGGGAGCAAAUUAGAGAAAUGAAUCCAAACUAUACUGAAUUCAAAUUUCCUCAGAUUAAGGCACAUCCAUGGACUAAGGACUCGUCAGGAACAGGACAUUUCACCUCAGGAGUACGGGUCUUCCGGCCCCGCACUCCCCCCGAAGCAAUUGCGCUAUGUAGCCGCCUGCUGGAGUACACCCCCACCGCCCGCCUGACUCCCCUGGAGGCCUGCGCGCACUCUUUCUUCGAUGAACUACGGGACCCAAACGUCAAGUUACCAAACGGGAGGGAUAAACCUGCACUCUUCAAUUUUACGACUCAAGAACUGUCAAGUAACCCAACUCUGGCUUCGAUCCUCAUCCCUGCUCAUGCCCGGAACCAAGCAGCUGCUUCAACCCCUACAAAUGCUACAGCAGCCUCAGAUGUUAACGCAGGAGAACGAGUUCAGACCAAUAGUGUAGCUACAGCAUCAGCCUCCAACUCCACCUGAACCAGUACCAAGCAGCCAGCUGCACAGGAAAAAUCACCAGUAAUUUGAGUCUUGCUCAGCAACACUGGUCACAUUUGAAAGAAAAUUAAAAAGAGGAAAAACAAAAUCCAACAAAACAACAAACCAACCAACCUGUUCAUUUUAGUGUUCAAUUUUUUAUUAUUAUUAUUAUUGUUGAUCUUAUUUAACCUUGUAAAAUAUCUAUAAAUACAAACCAAUUUCAUUGUAUUCUCACUGCAGGGUGCCCAGGGCAGGGGACUAGGUGGGGGGAGGAGAGAAAGUGGAGCAAUACAACACACCGAUAUCUCCCCUUGACAAUCUCUUCAUGUUGGAAGUUUGCUGUUGCGUACUUCAGAACCAGGACUCUUGCCUCAUACCCCCUCCCACAACAGAAAGAAGGAAAAACCGAAACAAACAAAUCCCAAACCUCAUUCUCUGCUGAAGUUCUUUUGGUUUUUUUUAACCUCUUUUCUUAUUUUCUUUUUAAGUGAAGUUUCGGACUUUGAUGUAGUGCACAGCUUGAAUUUGGUUGGGAGCUUAGCAGGGGUCAUUCAACAGAGCUCAGUGUUUCUUGUCAGCAAAUCCAUAUCCCAGGUUUUCUGAAGAACUGCCCUGGCUCGGCAUGGGGAGUGGGCAAUGUGGUAGUAAAAUAGGUUGCCAUGGGGUGGGGGGGAGGGUUUGCCAUGCGUCUAAGGCUUGAACUGCUAGUGGAAGCCUUUCAUUUUAAAAGUCAAUGCUACUGAUGAGGAAAUCUGCAGCUUCAUGUGGGAAAAGUGUUGCCUGAGUGGGUGAUAUAUAAUAUAAUACACACACAUGCACAAACAGCAGCGGUCAGCUCUGCCAAGGCAUCCCCUUUGCCCAGCCAGAGCUCCUGCUUUCCAUGUCUCGGGCCAGGUCCCAGCUUCAGCAGAGAAGAGCAAAUGAACAAAAUCCUCGGCAGGGGCAGGGGCUCAGCUGGUGGAUGGAUGUUAAGGGACUUUUUGGGAAGUGACUACUGUGAAAGUGUGUUUGGUUGGGUUUUUUCUCUCCCCACCCCUUCUUGGCUCUUGAUUUGAACAGGCUUCUCUUUUCUAAGGUGCAUACAGGAAAAGGACCCCAGGGUUUAUAAUGUGAACUGUAACAGGCUACUGGUUUAUUUUGCAAUACUUUUUUUUUGAACUGCAGUUUUAACUUGCAGGAUGUCACAUUCUCCGAUAGUUCUGAUUUUAAAUCCACAGCUAGAAUCUGUAUUUAAUUUUCAUAUUUUUUAACCGCUUGCUUUUUCUUUUUUUUUUGAUCUCUAUUUAUUGAUGAGUGUUGCCACAUCGCCAUUAUGUUUUUACAUUGUUAGAAUAUUAAAAUACAUAUCCAAAUGCUCUUGACAGUAAUUUGUACCUGCUGACUUGUAGGAAAGCUGGCUCUAUAUGAGUGUGUGUGUAUAUAUAUUAUAUAAAUAUAUACAUGUAUACAUAGAUACUGCUUUUUUUAUUUUGUCUAUGCUCUUGAAUCGGUCUGACUGAAGCGUGAGGUGAAUGCUUGUUCUAGUCCAUCAGCUCAGGGUCCAGGUUUCCUCCCUGCAACGACGUGUAGUGCAAGCAUCCACGUCUCUCUUCCUGAAGUCAAAGCAAUAUUCCUUGCGAAAGGUGAAUGGCCGGAUGCAGCCCUGGUGUGGAAACGAGACUUUUGGAGACCUGAUCUUGUGGUAGGCUUGCGGUUGGUGUCCGCUCCAGCCUUAUCCUUCUUCAGAGAAACUGUAGUCACCUUUGGUGCUUACCAAGCUGUUCCUCGACCUGUGGAUCUCUAAGACAAGCAGUUGCUUUUCGGGAGCACGUGGAACCUUCAUGUGGCCCGGGGGAACUGGCAGAAGCGGCUUUGGAAGCUUGGCUGCCACAGGGGUGCCAGGCGCUUGGUUGCAAGCUCAGUGUGUUUCUUCCUGUUCCUUUUAUGCUGUUGAUGUGGGAUUCUUUGGAAACUAUCUCUUAGCAGCCCUGGAACUGAUAAAAGCUCUGCCCUCUCCCUCCUGCCUGGCACAGGGUGGACUUGGGGAUGCAGGAAUUGAUUGAAGAGGUGAGUGACCACCUACCGGAAACCAAUAAACCCUCACGUUAUACCCUUCAGUCAUGUGCUGUUGGGCGCACACACACACAAAAAAAAGGUUUUAAAGCUUUUUUGCAUUCUGGCUGGCUGCAAAGGGAAGCACACCCACGUUGAGAAACAGAAGGCUUUCCAAAUCCUUACCUGCAACUUAAUAGAAAGGGCUGAAGAGCAUCUUAACACAUGGGCUCAACUAGUCAGUGUCCUGAAAAGUAAGUGAAGGGGCUUGGUUGACCCAGUGAUCCAAAUCUAUGCAGGAGACUCGAAAAGUAGGACAGUGGCAGGAUAUGGUUCUGCUCUAUAGGCAAGACUGCUGAAGCAUUGGCCAUAAGCAGUUAUUUGGAGGCAGUAAAUUACCAAGUCUUCAAAAAAACAAAAGUAAUAAAAAUAUCAGAGAAAAAUUGCAGCUUGUGCCCAGGGCAUGUGGCUUUUCUUUUUCAUUUUUUUUUGUUGAAGACUGGCAGAGGGGAGUCAAGAGUGUUUCUCUCUGGUUUUGUGACUGUGCCGGUGUCUGUGUGUGUCUCAUGUGUGUGUUAGUUGGGGGGAGGGUCAGGGUGCCCCUCUGGUUUUAUUUCUGUUUUCAAGGAUCAUAGCAGGAUCACACACUCUUUUAUACAAGUUAGAUCCAGGUCUUUGAACAGCCUUUUUUUUGUAAAUAAGGAAAAAAAACCAACCAACCAAACAAAAAAAACCCAAAACAAAACAAAACAAAACAAAACAAAACAAAAAAAAAAAAAAAAAAAAAAAAAAAAAAAAAAAAAAAAAAAAAAAAAAAAAAAAAAAAACAACCACAAAAAACAAAGCUCCUCACCAAAUUCAAGCUUGUACAUUAUUAUUUUUGGUUGUUUUUGAAUUUUGAGUUUUAUUGUUUUGUAUGUAAAUAUGUGGACCCAGGAACUGUUAUUAAUGAGCAAAAAGUUACCGUUCAGGGCAGUGAUUCUGUUUAAUAAUCAGACAAAAUGUAGACGAGCUUUUUAAAGCCAUAUAGUUUUAACUCUGUACAGUAGGUACUGGCCUGUAUUAUUGUAACAAUAACUCUAGCGAUGUAUAGUGUAUCUAUAUAGUUUGGAGUGCCUUCGCUUCCAUGAUUUUUUGAAUUUUAUUUCCCUUUUUAUUUUUUUCUCCUCCUUCUUUAUUAACGUCUCCCACCCUAAACCCGCAUCUUUGCUCCCUCCUCCCUGCCCCCUUUCUAACUCUUAUGAGUGCUAUAAGGUUUCGGUGAUACCCUAAUCAGUAGUGGAACGAAAAGAAAUUGUCUCCACCAUCACUUACUUCAUUGGCUUUGUUCUGGGAGUCUCCAAGGUACCCGUGCUGCCCUCCUCCUCCUGCUAGCAGCAACUGAUUUCAUUCGGACCCUUGCCCUAGCAGCCAAUUUAGGUAUUGCUUGUCUCUCCCUCUCAACCUUGCACCCAGGAGCAACUGGGCAGCAGCAGCUUCCAGGAGGCUUGACCUUCCCACUCUCUCUGCGGCUGUGGUGAGGGCAGCAGUGAGUGGAAAGGGCCCCCAGGAAGGGAAAUCCCCACAUCCGCAGGGUUGCUGCACUUGGAGCCAUCUGGCUGUGGUGGGAAUGAGGCAUCACUGUAGGAGACUGUGGUGGUUUUUUCUGCUGAGAGGACUUUCUGUUUCCUUUUUUCUCCCUAUUUUCCCCCCACAUCCUUCUAGAAGUCACUUUUAUUUUCUUGAGAUGAGUUUAACAUGACUCUUGAUUUCUUGUGCCCAGCCCGAAGGCCUUGUUUCUAAAACUAGUUUGCUUGUGUUUUACUACCUUGUUAGUAUUCCACAUAAGAUUGUCUUGAAUGGGAAAACACGUAACUUUACCAAACCAAAGGUUGCUGUUUUAUUUCGAAGCAUCUUGUGUUCAUUCCAGUGAAGCAGAGGCUGCACUUUCUUUCUGGUGACACGAAGGUCAGUGAUGCCAAGCUAUUGGCAACAGACUGCUCAGAGUUGUCCAUCUCUUUUACACUCUUUUGGGCUUCUUUUUUAACCCAGUGUGGUCUUGAUGUGUCCUUUACAUCAGCCCUGCCAUAGUGGAUCCCUGAGCUGGGCUGGGUUGCAGUCUGUCUCCCCCAAUGGAUGCUCAAUCAAGACACUGGUGUUCUUUAUUAAUGAACUAAUCUGUAUUGCUAGGAAAAAAGAAAAGAAUUAUCUGCAAAAGAAAAUUGACUUGUAGAAGACCCCUGAACACUCUGUCCCCUUAUUUAGAAGCAAAGUUUUACCUAAAAUAAUGGCAGGUGCCUGCAUCUUGCAACCUAAAAUUCCCCCCGUUGUUUUCAGUACUUGGAAAAGCAGAAGUCAAACAGCCUGUCAGACUCGUACUCCUGUACUAGGAACCUCAGCCGCCACGGAGAAAAAGGAAAAGCCGAUCAGGAAAAGCACAGUAGGGUAUUCGGUCUGGGGCUCUGCCUUUUGGAGACUGCCAGUGGGUUCCCCUGGGGUAGCAGCUGAUUUCCACAGGGCUCUUGGCCAGCUCUGGUCAUAGUUGGCUUCGUUUUGCAACACUGCAAUAAUGGCAAAACGACAGGAAAGGAAAACAGUACCUAAGGAGUUAGCUCGAGAAAAGUAGCUUCCUUGUGUUGGUCUUUCUCAAUUUAUUUUUAAUAUAUAUAUAUAUAUAUAAUAUAUUUAUAUAUAUAUAAUUUGCUUGCCUGUAAAAUUUGCGUUCAUUAAUGUGUUGCUGAUGGAUCACUUGGGCCUGUACACACCAAUUAAUGUGACCACUUCCAUCUUAAAAACAGAAACCUAAAUAUAUAUAUAUUAAGGACUGUGGGUUGUAUACAAACUAUUGCAUACACUUGUGCAAAUCUGUCUUGAUUUAAAGGAAAAGCAAAACCUGUAUAACAUUAUUACUACUUGAAUGCCUCUGUGACUGAUUUUUUUUUUUUUUUUUCAUUUUAAAUACAAACUUUUUUUGUGGAAAGUAUGCUUAAUGUUUUAUUAUUUCCCCUGCCCCAUUCCCCUUGUAAAUACGUUUUGUUCUGUGUGACUCGGUUCAGAAAUAGUUAACUGGUACUGUAAUUUGCAUUAAAUAAAAAGUAGGUUAGCCUGGAAAUGAAAUUUAAAAAAUACCAAGUGUGUGGUCUUUAUUUCAAAAAAUUGCCCUGUUCUUCCCUUCUCCUCUCUCCCUUCUCUGACCCUUGUUUCGCACCCUCAUGCCUCUUUCCACUCUGUGAGAAUAGGUGGAUGUGAAUCUUUGUAAUAAUAAAGAAAAACCUCAAGAAAUGAGCAUGUUUUCUUAAAUGAGCUGUGUUAUUCCAUGCUAUUUUUAAAGAGAUGCCAGUUUGUCUAUGAUACCAUUUGAUUUGAUGGAGAGAGGAACCCUGGGACAUAAAUAUUUCAAAUUGUAGCCAACCAAUCUUCCUUUACUGUCCACCUAUAGGUGCAAACUUAAGAACCUGUGUAAACUGCUGGCUUUGAAUCCUGCACUCAUGGUUGUUUGGGUUGUUUUUGUUUUGGUUUUUUUUUAAAUAAUUGGAUCCCAUUAGUAAUGUUAUUCGGUGGUGAUCUGUAGUUUGUCAAGACCACGUCCAGUGGACCGUUCCUCCAGCAAAUCAGCACGUAGCUAUCUCUGAGUUGGGUUUUUGGUACUGGAUAAUGUAUGUAUUAAACACGACAUGUCUAUAAGCGCAAAAAGAAAAAAAAAAUCCUUUUUUGGGCUGGCUGACCUGGCCGAAUCCAUUCUGUUGCUAUCCUAAAGGCUAGAUGCGAGGUCAUGUGACUGCUGCUUCAAUAAAAACAAAUUUAUAUUGCAAA